AUGCAGGGCUGCUCGGCACAGCGCCCGGCUCCUCUGGCCCUGCUCCUGGUCUGCCUUCGUUUCUCAGGUCUCUCUGCCCGGAGCAUCAGUGUUGGGGAGGACAAUGAUCCCCAAGGCUUGGGGACAAACUUGCCUCUGCUUGGACAACCUACCUUGACUGGCCCCUCCAAUCCCCAACAUCCUCAGCACAAACCAGACCCUAGAGCUAAUGAUUUAGCAACGGUUCUUUGGGAGCCCAAUGCUUCUCCAUCAGAUGGCUCCGAGCCAGGAGGUUCUGGGGUUCAGAGGUGGUCCACAUCUGGGCGGCUGCCUUCCAUGGAUUCCUGGCCCUCAGAGGGUCCUUGGCAGAUCAUGGUUGCUGUGGAGGACCACAUGGGGGAAGCUCUGCCCCAAGAGCUGUCCUUCCCUUCCAGUGCUGCUGCCGUCCCUCUGAGGUGCUGUCCUUUGCCUGUGAGUUCCUUAGCAUACUCCGCAGGUCCCUCACCUGAGGCUUCACUCCUCCACCGGGACUCUGAGUCUAGACGGGCACCCUGUUCCCAUGAGCUGGGAGCCCAGCGAGAAAUCCUCGCCCAGCACCCACCCUGGUCUCUCAUCAACAGGAUUCAACAGCCACUUCUGCCAGGUCACCCCUGGGGGGCCCUGAGUCCGAGUGUGUCCUGGGGAGGUGGAGGUCCUGGAACUGGGUGGGGAACCAGGCCCCUGCCACACCCUGUGGGAAUCUGGGGCAUCAAUAAUCAAUACCCAAGUUCCAGCUGGGGAACUACUGAUUGGUACCCAGGAGGCAGCUGGGGGAAUAUUCACCUACACCCAGGCAUUAACAACCAAUUUCCUCCUCCUGGCUCUUCUUGGAACAUCCCAGAUCAGUGUCCCCCUGUGCCCCCACACUGA